AUGACACGGAUUGUUCAAUUAAGACUCGGAGACAUAGGAGAGCCGUCUACCACAGGAGGACAUGGUGUUCUCUCGUUUCCAGCUCUUCCACCUCAAGAGACAUUCGAUACUGAAAAGGGACUGUCCCCCCUGUUUUGUCUACGUUUCUAUAUUGAAGCCGGAAGCAUGAUAACUAAUGAAGGUACGAUUUGGACUGAUGUACAGCCUGAUGGUCAUACUGAGUAUAAAAGAGGCAAGUUCUAUGGGCAUCGGAUUAAGAGCAGAUUUGACCGUGAUACAAUUGUUGACAUCAAUAUUUAUACUCCAGGUGCAUUCUCUUACUACUUGAGCUAUCAUGACGAGAGAAAGCUUGAAACAACCCGUCGAUUCCAUUUUGUUGUGCCACCAUCGUUAUUUAUCAACGGAGAAUUUCUACCAUUAAAUAGCGUCACCAUGCAGUCCGUGGUUUCGAAGUGGGUAGGGUCUUCACCGUCUGACUGGAAGUCUUUAUUCGAGGAGAUACAUCGCAAGAAUUACAACAUGAUUCAUUUUACACCUUUGCAGGUUCGUGGGGAAUCUAAUUCACCAUAUUCUAUAUGUGACCAACUAGACUUUGAUAGGCAUGAGUUUCCUAACGGCAGAGAAGAUGUGCAGGCUAUGAUUGCUGACCUAGAAAAAGAAUAUGGAAUUCUUUCAAUGACUGAUGUCGUGUUUAAUCACACAGCGAAUAACUCUCCCUGGCUUAGAGAACAUCCGGAGUCUGGUUACAAUCAAGAAACGGCACCACAUUUACAGGCAGCAAUGCUAUUGGAUGAACUUCUUCUUCACUUUUCUCGUUACAUGAGCUGGCAUGGAUGCCCAACCGUGAUUCGUAAUACUGGGGAUUUAUUAAAAGUUAUGGAUGGCAUAAAAAUUCAUGUGUUGGGUGACCUUCGGUUAUGGCAGUUCUAUGUUGUGAAUGUCAAGGAGCAUUUAAAGGAGCUUAGGCUGGCAUGGAAUGAGCGAUCUAAUAGGAAAGCUGACGAUAUCUCGAGGCUACCAUUGGGCACAAAUACUCCACUUAAAGAAAUUGCCAAAUAUGUCACUGAAAAAUGCUCUAAGAAGCCAUUUGGACUCGGCUCAAGAUUUGAGAAUUCCUUGGAUAUUGAGAAGUUUGUAGGUGUUUUACGGAAAGUUUGUGGAGAUGAUGUCUACUUCGGAAAUAGCUACGAGCCUAUUGAAUGUAAGGCUCGUGAAAUCAUAGAUGAGGUCAAUUUACCAUUAUACAAGGAGUAUGACCAAGAUAAUGAGGAAAUAUUGGAGAACCUUUACAACCGUAUCAAUUAUCAGCGUUUGGAUCCAAGUGGCCCACUGAUGGGAGAAGUUACUAAAGACUCCCCAUUGACUGAGCCAUACUUUACCAGAUUUUCUGAUUCAAACGGCAGGAAGUGGGCAUUGGCAAAUAAUGGCUGGAUUUGGGGAGGUAACCCUUUGGUUGACUUUGCAUCCAGUAAGUCUAAAUGUUAUCUUAGAAGAGAGGUUAUUGUUUGGGGCGAUUGCGUUAAACUUAGAUAUGGUCGAAGUCCAGAUGAUUCACCCUAUCUCUGGGCAAGAAUGAAAAAGUACGCUGAGAUGUCCGCCCAAGUGUUUCAUGGUUUUCGUAUAGAUAACUGUCAUUCUACUCCGAUUCACGUUGGUGAAUAUUUGCUUGAUGCGGCACGUGCUGUUCGUCCAAAUCUAUAUGUUGUAGCAGAGCUUUUCACUGGAAGUGAGGAUUUGGACAUAUACUUCGCUGAAAGAUUGGGUAUUUCUUCGCUAAUUAGAGAAGCUAUGCAAGCAUAUUCUGUUGGUGAGCUUUCCAGACUUGUUCACCGACACGGUGGCAAACCGAUAGGUUCAUUUAGAUGGUUACCUAUUGAUACCGUCUCGUAUCCAGCUGAACCUGCCGAAUUUUCGAAGAGAAAUGGGGAGGAACUUAACGCCAGAUCCGAAAUUCCGGUUCCAGAACUUGUGACAUUUGCACAACCACAUGCUUUGUUUAUGGAUUGUACACAUGAUAAUGAGACUCCAUUUGAUAAGAGGACAGUGGAAGAUACACUACCGAAUAGUGCGUUAGUUGCUUUUUGCUCGUGUGCGACCGGUACAACUAUGGGAUAUGAUGAAUGCUAUCCACACUUGUUAGAUUUGGUGAAUGAGAGAAGGCAUUAUAAGUAUGGUCCGGGUCUUGGCAUUGGAGAUGUAAAAGCCCGUCUUAAUAAGCUUCGCCAUGUUUUCUCUGAGGAAACAGUUGAUGAUUUGGAAGCAAAUGAGAUGCACGUUCAUCAUGAAGGCCAGUUUAUUACCGUCCAUAGAUUUAAUGCUAAGACCGGAAAGGGCUGCUUUCUCGUUGCCCGAACAAAGUUCUCGGAUGGAGAAGGAGAACAGAAGUUGGAACCUAUUCUUUUGAGUGGUACGAGUGUCAAAAAUUUGUUUGGAUAUACAUUGCAAAGGAAAGAAAAAAGUACAAAGGACGGUUCAGUUUCCCCACGAUCAUUCGGAAUUCAAAACUCAGAAAUUGGAAAGAUUGAAACGGUGGAUGUAGAACUUAAAAGCUUACAGCCUGCAGUUUGUACGUUUGACCAUGAGAAAAAUGCAACAACUGUCGUCCUACCUGAUUAUUUCCCUCAGGGAUCAAUUAUUGUUUUAUCAACUGAGAUUCCAAACUGCAAUGUAGAGCUAGAUGAAUAUGUGCGUACUGGUGCUUUGGAGGCUGCUGGAAAUUUGUGUCUCGCUGAUAUCAAUUCAAUUAUGUACAGGUGUGAGUCUGAAGAGAGAGAUGCGAGUGGGGGAGUUGAUGGAGUGUACGACAUUCCUAAUUAUGGGCAUUUGGUUUAUGCGGGUAUCCAGGGAUGGAUCUCGGUUCUAAGAAAUGUUGUUGCUAACAACGACUUAGCACAUCCUAUAGCAGAGCAUCUUCGACAAGGUACGUGGGCACUUGAUUAUAUUCCUCAAAGAAUUGCUAAAUAUGAGCUUACAACAGAUCAGCACAAUAAUCCUAACAGGUCUAAGGCUAUUCGGCAAUUUAGACUUUGGAUAGAGCAGAGAUUCGAACGAGUCAAAAAAUUGCCUAGUUUCAUGAUUCCAAGAUUCUUCUCUCUUGCUAUAAGUGUUGCAUAUGAAGCAUUAAGAUAUCGGGCGUUGAGCUUGAUGCCUAAACCAAUACAAAAGGCAUCAACGUUCAUCCAAAGCUUGUCGCUUGUAUCAGUUCAGAUGGUAGGAGAGUCACGCUCGGCAUCACUAUCACCUCUUGGAUCAGAUCUUGAUAACCUUACUCUAGCUGCCGGUCUACCACACUUUAGCUAUGACUUCAUGAGAUGUUGGGGUAGGGAUGUGUUUAUUUCUCUUCGAGGUUUAUUGCUUGCUACUGGACGUUUCGCGGUUGCUCGCACUCAUAUUUUGUGUUUCGCGAUGACGCUUAAACAUGGCCUUAUUCCAAACUUGUUAGGUUCUGGUAAAGAGCCACGGUACAAUGCACGGGAUGCGGUAUGGUUCUUUUUGCAAGCCAUUCAAGAUUUCUAUAAUACAGCACCAAAAGAGGAAGUUGAUAAGCUAUUUUCGGCGCCCAUUCGUCGUAGAUUCCUUCCUUGGAAUGACGAAUGGUUCUCGUGGGAGGAUAAGAGGGCCUUCUCCAAAACUUCCUACCUUUCCGAUGUGAUUUAUGAAAUUUUGGCUUGCCAUGCAAAAGGAAUACAUUACAGAGAAGCGCAUGCAGGUACACAAAUUGAUUCACAAAUGCGUGACCCAGGUUUUAAUAUCGAUAUUCAAGUUGACUGGAAGACCGGUUUGGUCUUUGGUGGUAAUCAAUAUAACUGUGGAACAUGGAUGGAUAAGAUGGGUGAGAGUGCACGUGCAGGUUCAAAAGGAAUUCCGGGUACUCCACGUGAUGGUGCUGAUGUAGAAAUCAAUGGCUUAUUGAAGAGUGCCUUGAGGUUUGUCAUUCAACUUCAUAAUUCCGGCAUGUUUUCUUAUACCGAAGUUAAAACCCAGAAAGGUGAUGUCAUAACAUUCUCUCAGUGGAACAACUUGUUGCAAUCGAACUUCGAGCGUUGUUUCUAUAUACCUGAGGACCCAGAAGAUGAUAAUCAAUUUGUGGUUAAUCCGUCUAUAGUUAAUCGCCGCGGAAUUUAUAAAGAUAUUGUUGGCUCCGGAAAACCUUACGAGAAUUAUCAACUAAGAGGAAACUUUCCUAUAGCCAUAAUGGUUGCUCCGGAACUUUUCACCCCAGAAAGGGCACUCAAAGCUCUUCUUUUAGCGGAUCGUGUUCUCAAGGGACCGGUCGGGCUCAGAACAUUAGAUCCUUCCGAUCUUAAUUAUAGACCAUAUUACAAUAACAGCGAGGAUAGUGAUAACUUUGCCACCUCAAAGGGUAGAAACUAUCAUCAAGGUCCAGAAUGGGUCUGGAUUUAUGGUUACUUUUUGAGGGCAUUAAGGUUGAUGUAUAAGACGGUCGGAAAGAGAUUAGGAAACGGCGAUGAUGGCAAAAAGCAAUCAAUAUUAACUUCGUUUGAACCAUCCUGCUCGUUGGACAAGAUACUAUCUGAACGAUUGUCUGGUAAUGUUAAAUGGCUCAAAAGUAAUGACUGGGCCGGCCUUGCCGAACUCACAAACAAAGAUGGUGCCUUUUGUAACGAUUCCUCACCAACACAAGCAUGGAGUGCAUCCUGUCUUCUUGAUCUUUAUUUGGAUUUCUGGAAUGAUGACAACAUUAAUUAG